CACAUACACACACAUGCCCCUACCCUCCGUCCGCCCGCAAACUCAUGCCACCCUCUCCAUCUUCAUAGCCCCCCUGCCUUUAUAGUCUCCCCUUCUUCUCGUGCCAAGCCCCAGCCACGCCCUCUGGUCGCACCAGCAACGCCACUCUUGCACAUUAUCGUCAAGGCUCAAUCAAGGCCGCUCCUUUGUGCUGUGCCUCCUCGUACUGUGGCGUGCCUGCCGAUCCUUGUCACCGUUCCUGUGGCCAUCCGCAGGCGAGCCUCCUUCAUCAUAAAUUAUUAUAUAACUCGAUGUCCUUGACCAUGCCCUCGGUCAGCACGCUCCACUUCGCACCCGCGCCUCCGCCUUCCCCCUCGCCCACCUCCACCGUCUGGUACACGCCCGCCACAGGCUUCCCUGGCUCCCCUGCGGCUCUCCAACAGCUCCCUCCGACCGAGAUCGUCCCCCGCCUCUUCAUCGCCGACCUCGCCGCCGCCGAGAGUGCCCACACCCUCCUCACUCUCGGCAUCACCCACGUCCUCAGCGCGAUGAAUGGUCGCGUGCACCUCCCGCCCGCCAUCCCGCUCGAACGCCUCCACCUCCCGCUGCAGGACAGCCCUUUCGCCGAGCUCGCCGCGCACCUCCCCGCGUCGACGUCCUUUGUGGCCGAUGCCCUGCGCGACCCCAACGCCCGUGUGCUCGUCCACUGCGCGCAGGGCAUCAGUCGCAGCUCAAGCAUCGUCUGUGCAUAUCUCAUCGCGAAGAAUGGCUGGUCGCCUGACCACGCGCUGCAGUUCGUGAAGAAUAAGUACAGCAUAGCGGAGCCCAACCCCGGCUUUGUCAUGCAGCUGGGCGAAUAUGCCCGCUCGCUACAGAAGCCUGCCUAG